AUGGAGAGAAUAGAUGAAAAUGGAGCUAAUAGCGAAGGUGAUAUGAAUUCAUCUUAGUUUUUCUAGAGUAGCCAAGAAGAUAAAUUUGAAAACUUUAACUUCAAUCAAACUGAUUUAACAAAAUAUAGCGCAUAAUAAUAGUUGAACUUAGCUAAUUAAUUUUUCAACAAUAACUAAUUCGAAAAUCUUGAAAAGUUAUUAAACUAGAAUUAAAAUUUAGAUAUAACUACUUUAGUAGAUAGAAAAAAUUACACAUUAGCUCAUAAAAUAGUUUUAAAUCAGAAUAUUACAUACCUUGUAAAGAUUACUGACUAUGUAAAAAAGUUUUUCAAAUGCAAUAGACUAUAGGAAGCAGAUGUUAAACAAAAUUUGGCUAAUUGGUUUAAUAUAAAAACAGAAGGUGGGUUUACAGCUCUUCAUUUUGCUUCAUAUAGAGGAGAUUUAAAAAUAAUACAAUUUUUGAUUAAUAAUGGCGCUGAUAUCCAAGCAAGAAACAGUAAAGGAUUGAAUUCGGUGCAUAUUGCUGCAUAGGGUGAUUAGCCUAUUUCGAUCAGAUAUUUUUAAAAAAUAGGGUUAAACGCAUUAGAUUUAGAUUAUAAACAAGGAAAUCCCCUUCAUUGGGCUUGCUUUUUGGGAAAUGAAAAUGCAAUAAACUAUUUGACUUCAUACUCUGAAAUUGAUAUCAAUCAACCUGACUCACAAGGACUAUCACCUUUACACCUAGCUGUUAUUAGUGGAAAUGCCAAAGCAGUAAAACGUCUUCUCCUUAAAGGAGCAAAUAGAAACUUGAUAGAUAAAAAAGAUAAGACACCUGGUUAACUUGCAUAGUAAGAAGGCUAUGAAAACAUAGCUAACAUGAUAGAUAAUGAUGAUGGUUUUGAAGAAUAUUGCAACAUUCGUUAGCCGUUUCGUCCAAUUGAUAAGAAUUUAAAAUAAGUCAUAAUAUUUUACGUCUUAUUUCUUUUUGUAUAAUCUUUAUUUGCUACUUUUUACAUUCCUUGUCUAGAUGAAUAGUUUAUUUAGUUUAGCAUUUGGGCAUCGUUAUCCUGUAUCACACUGAUCAUGUAAAUUAUAGUUUGGAAUGUUAAUCCUGGUGAGGUUACUGGAAUUAAUAAUAAGGAGACAUUAGUAAUUUAGCGUUAAAUAUAAAAUUUAAAUUAAUUUAGUUGUGUUAGUUCGUCUGCUACUGAAUCAUUAAAUAAGUAUUCUAUUCGAUAAAAUGGUUAUAAUAAGUUAACAUCUGCAUAAAAUCAUGAACAAGGAGAAAAUUUAGAUUCUAUUAUUGAAUCAAAGAAACCUUAAUCAGUUAGAAUACUUGAUGAGAGUAAAGGCUAGCUUGAAGAACCACUUUUAGCAUAGAAUCAAAUAAUAUAAAAAGAUGAGCUUAUAUUGCUUUUAAAAUCACACCCUAUUGAAACUAUAUGCUUAGACUGCUAAAUUAUAAGACCCUUGCGCUCAAAGCAUUGUGAAAUUUGUAAAAAAUGUAUCAAAGUUUAUGACCAUCAUUGUCCUUGGGUAAAUAAUUGUGUUGGAGCUAAUAAUUAUAAAUAUUUUAUUUCAUUCAUAAUUUUAUUAUGGUUAAAUAAAUUAACGCUACUUGUUUUAACUUUCCUUCAUUUGUUGACAUAAUACGAUGAUGAAGAUACAUUUAUAUUGAAUUGGUUCAAGAAUUUAUCUGAAAACACUCUACAUUCUCUUUUGAUUACUAAAUAUGUUGCUGCUGCUUUGAUAGUUGCAAUUACUCUUCCAUUUUUCUGUAUGUUAUCUGUUCUCUGCUUUGUAUAGAUUAAUAAUCUCUUUUUAAACUAAACAACAUAUGAACGAUAUAAUGCCAAAGCUAAAGGUGAGACUUUUCGUGAAAGCUCUUCUUUAACUUCGAGCAAAGAACCUAAUAACAAUAUAGAUUCAGAAAUGUUUGGAAGCAACAUGAAAGAAUAAUCUUAAUAAUAAUAAUAUUAAAGUACUUCAACUAAAACUAAAACUCCUAAAAAAAUAAAUACAAAAUAUAGUCUAAGGAAUGCUCUAUAAAUGUGUUGUAUUAAUUAAAAAAAUUCUUAGCUUGAUUUUGACAAAAAGCAAAUUAUAAAAUAGGCAAUAAUCUAAGAAUAAUAUGAUGAACCUAAUCAAUAAUGA